GCUAUAAGAACGGAGAUGAGCCAGUGCUGGAGACCCAUCCGCGACUCGCGUCCCCUUCAAGCAGUAGUGCCACCGCAACAAGUGUGCUCCGGACAACUUCACCACCAACUAACCGCCAUCAUGCACAAGUUCGUCAUCCUUCUGGCCUGUAUCUGCGUUGCCGCCGCACAGCGGGGCUUCACACCGGUGGAGAACUACCCUCCGAUCCCGUACUCCUUUAACUACGCCAACCAGGACGCCGAGGGUUCGCACACUCAUGAAGAGAGCGGCGAUGGCAGCGGACGGGUCCAGGGUCGCUACACCCUCUCGCUGGCCGACGGCCGCACUCGUACCGUCACCUACACGGCCGACGAGAACGGGUACCGCGCCGAGAUCGUCACCAACGAGCAGGGAACCGAGUCCAAGAACCCCGCUGACGUCGUGAUCCAGUCGAGCGCCCUGCCAGGACCCGAGGCCGCCAUCGCCAACGAACCCAACCGGCUCAGGGGCUAG